AUGCAACAGAAUAACAAUGUAACUGAAUUCAUUCUGCUAGGACUAACACAGGAUCCUCUGAGGCAGAAAAUGGUGUUCAUAAUCUUCUUAAUCUUCUACACUGGAACUGUGGUGUGGAAUUUACUCAUUAUUGUGACCCUCAAGUUCAGCCGGUCUCUUGGGAGUCCCAUGUACUUCUUCCUAUUUUAUUUGUCCAUUGCUGAUACCUGCUUUUCAACUUCCACAGCCCCAAGACUAAUUGUGGAUGCUCUCUCUGCAAAGAAAGUUAUAUCCUAUAAUGAGUGUAUGACACAAGUCUUUGCAAUGCAUUUAUUUGGAUCCAUGGAAAUCUUUGUCCUUGUCCUCAUGGCUGUUGAUCGCUAUGUGGCCAUCUGUAAGCCCUUGCGUUACCCAACCAUCAUGAGACCAGAGGUCUGCUUCAUCUUGAUUAUUCUUGCCUGGAUAGGGUCUUUCAUACAUUCUACAACUCAGAAUGCCCUGGUCUCAAAACUGCCCUUCUGUGGACCCAAUCUGAUUGAUCAUUAUUGCUGUGAUUUGCAGCCAUUGUUAAACCUUGCCUGCAUGGACACUUAUGUGAUCAACCUACUGUUGGUAUCUAAUAGUGGGGCCAUUUGCUCAAGCGGAUUCUUGCUUCUGAUGAUCUCAUACAUGGUCAUCUUGUAUUCACUUAGGAACCACAGUGAAGAAGGAAGGAAAAAAGCCCUUUCCACUUGCACCUCCCACAUCAUUAUAGUUGUCUUAUUCUUUGGUCCAUGUAUAUUCAUAUAUACACGUCCACCUACCACUUUCCCCAUGGACAAGAUGGUGGCAGUAUUUUAUACCAUCGGGACACCCUUUCUCAACCCACUCAUCUACACACUAAGGAAUGCAGAAGUGAAAAAUGCCAUGAGAAAGUUAUGGAGUAUCAAAAUUACCUCAGAAAGCAAAUGAUGAAAAGUGGGUGUGAUGCUAUGCUUAGUAAUGGGACUGCAUCUAUACAGAUAUUAAAAAUGAUAGUAUGCAAAUACAGGGGAGGCCAGGACAACUGGACUGAACCAAAAACAAAGAAGCUUCCUGAAUAAAUGGAAUGUUUCAAAGGCCAGCGUAGCAGGGGCAGGGGUCUGGGGACCAUGGUUUCAGGGGACAUCUAAGUCAAUUGGCAUAAUAAAAUCUAUUAGGAAAACAUUCUGCAUCCCACUUUCAAGAGUGGUGUCUGGGGUCUUAAACACUAGCAAGCAGUCAUCUAAGAUGCAUCAAUUUGUCUCAACCCACCUGGAUCAAAGGAGAAUGAAGAACAUCAAGGACACAAGGCGAUUACGAGCCCAAGAGACGGAAAGGGCCACAUGAACCUGAGACUACAUCAGCCUGAGACCAGAAGAACUAGAUGGUGCCUGGCUACAACUGAUGACUGCCUGACA